UUCCUAAUGUAAAUAGUGUAUAUAAUGUUGUGGUGUUAUGAUUGUUAAUUUUCAUUAUUUUUUGGUGGUGGAACUGUUCGACAUACGAAAGUAUGGUUACCCUAUAUAGGGUGUAAAGAUCCAGAGAAGAAGAUGAAGGUCAUCAUUUUUGUAAACACUCUUUAGAAAGGAGGUAAUUAUGGUAUAUAGGUCUGCACACAGGUUCUUGAAAAUGAAAGAACUCGGGAAAGUAGUAACUGACAUAAACUUAAACGGUUCUGUUCCAGAAAACGUCAUUGAGCAGAUCAAGAACAAUGUCCAUCAACACAGACUAGUGAUCUUUAAAAAUCAAAGCAAGAUAAGUGGUGACAGACAAGUUGAGAUCAGUAAAUGGUUCGGUAAUUUGGAGUCUACUUUUUAUAAACAUCCUCGUUCACCGCAUCCCGAUGUCUUCAGAGUAUCGAAUGACGAAGACGAAGGUUGUACACACGUAGGUCGGACAGGAUGGCAUAUUGAUGGAAGUUUUAUGAAGAAACCGUUCGGUUACUCAUUGUAUUAUAUGUUCUCUGUUCCAAUAAAAGGAGACACGGCUUUUAUACCCCUGAACGAUUUGAUCAACAGUUUAACACCAGAGGUAGCAGCAAGAUGGGAAAGAUUAUGGAUGGUGUCAGAUAGAAGAGAUGGUGUCGUUCAUCCUUUGAUAUAUCCUCAUCCCAUCACAGGGUUAAAGACAUUAUGUUUUCAUUUAGGAAUGUCAACAGCUUUUGUAUGGGAUUUAGGGUCUGACAAAGAAAGAAUGACAGAAAGGCCCGAAACUGUGAAGAUAAUAAAGGAAAUAUACCAAGAAAUUGUCAAAGAUGAUAGAAGACUCAUAUAUUCUCACAAGUGGGAAGAAGGUGACUUCAUUAUAUCAGACAAUUUAGCAGUUGGCCAUGAAGCCUCCGAGGAAACACAGUAUUCCAGAAAUAAAGUAGGAUUGAGAAUAUUACAUAGGACUACUAUUGAAGGAAAACAUGAACCUCACAAAUGAAACAAAACAAUAUGUUUAAAUAGACAUUAAUUUUUAAAAAUCAAUUUAUAUGAAUGUAUGUUAGCUUGAAGCUUGGACUUUCAUUUGUAACAUGUAUGGUAAAGGAAUUAAUGAAUGUACAUAACUAUUGUUAUGUCGGUCCAAAUUCUACUGAAGCUCAAGGAGAACAGUAUUAUCGUUAUUACAACAUAUCAAACAAAUACAACUGUCAUAUUUUUUUUGUAUUUUUUUUAAUUGUAUAGUACAGCAUUGUUGUGUCAUAAAACUAGUAAUAUUUUUUUUUUUUUUACCUAUUUCAGUUUAAAGACAAAAUCACCACACUACUUCAAAAUUAUCCUCAUUAUUUAUGUACAAUGUUCGUUUGUUUCAUUACUUGCUAUUUUAUAUUUAAAGCAUGAAGAAAUUAAUUUUGAAAGUGGAAACAAUACACUAUCCAGACUAGAGAUUAAGUUAUUGACCACUAUAGGAUUAUAAUAUUAUCAUCUUAGUGAUGAUAGCUACUGUUCACUCAAUUUUUCAUAGAUUUAAAAAAAUCAUAUCCACAUAACCCUUGCAAUAAAUUCAAAAUGAUUCCUGGUUAAUUAAUGUAAAGUAUAUUUUUAACAUGUAAUCUUUCAUUGUUCUGCAAGUAAGCUAUAUUUCCAAACAAAUUCCUUAAAAUUAAUCUUUUCCUGUAAUUGUUGAGGUAUUUACCGUGUGAUGUAAGUUUUCUUUUUUAUACAUUUUUUUUAGUAUCACUUUAAUACAAAGCUAUUCCUUUUGAAUUCUUGCAAUUAUCUUUUAAAUGAAGGCAAUUUUCAAUUUGGGACUACCCCGGUAUGUUGAUUUUACCAACUGGUCAACUUUUUUGUUUUGUUAUGUUUUUUUUUUUAAAUGAAAAUAAAACUUUUAAAAGGUUA